AUUUGUUUACAUCGUUGAAGCUUGUCGGAGGAGAGGAAAUCGGGAGGAGUAGCCUAGAUUUGUGCGCUGAUUGGGGCCGAGCGGAAUCCGCCACGCCUACAGGGAGCGUGGCCUCCAGGAAUGCACCUCCGCCCGGGGCUUGAGUGACAGCGAGCCGGGGGAUUGAAAACAACAGCGGGGACGCGGACAGGACAGAUAGCGUGAGGAUCGAGAGAGGCGGAACAGAGUGAGCGGUUAUUAAAUAUCAGCAGCAGCCGCCGACACAUAUAAGAAAUCCCAGUCGAGAUAGAAGCUUUAUUCGUUGUUAUCGAUUUUUCGGUUACUCGGACUGUGUUUGAAAAAUGUGAACCGGGUUACGUAAACAAUUUCAGCGGCGCAUACCGGCGGUAAACCGAAGCGGUGUUCGUGUCAGUCCGGGCUGACUGCUGUGUAGCGUCCUUCUGUUUCCUGCAUAUUUUAGUUUUUAUAUUUAUAUUUGAGUUCUCGUUUUCCGUUUCCCGUAUCUAUUCCAAACGCCCUGCACCCGUGUGUGUUUCGGCUGGGUGCUUGUGAGAAUGUUUCCACUGGACUCCCCUUGGAACAUCUCCUUCGCUGGCUGCGGGUUUCUGGGCAUCUAUCACAUCGGAGUCGCCAGCUGCCUGCGGGAACACGCUCCGUUCUUAGUGGAGAAUGCGAAAAAUAUCUACGGGGCCUCGGCCGGAGCGCUCACCGCUUCUGCCCUGGUCAGCGGAGCCUGUCUGGGGGAGGCUGGUGCGAACAUCAUCGAGGUUUCGAAGGAGGCUCGGAAGCGCUUCCUGGGGCCCCUGCACCCCUCCUUCAACCUGGUGAAGAUCAUCAGGGGCCACCUGUACAAGACCCUGCCGGCCGACGCGCACCUGCUGGCCAGCGGCCGCCUGGGCAUCUCCCUGACCCGCGUCUCGGACGGGGAGAACGUGCUGGUGUCCCAGUUCAACACCAAGGAGGAGCUGGUGCAGGCGUGUGUUUGCAGCGCGUUCAUCCCUGUGUACUGUGGACUGAUUCCUCCAACUCUGCAGGGCGUGAGGUACGUGGACGGAGGGAUCACAGAUAACCUGCCACAGUACGAGCUGAAGAACACCAUCACUGUGUCCCCCUUCUCUGGGGAGAGUGACAUCUGCCCUCGAGACCCGUCCACCAACAUCCACGAGCUGAGAGUCACCAACACCAGCAUCCAGUUCACCCUGACCAACCUGUACCGGCUCUCCAAGGCUCUGUUCCCUCCGGACCCCCAGGUGAUGAAGGUCAUGUGCAAACAAGGCUACAAAGACGGCCUGGACUUCAUCAGGAGAAACGGGCUGCUGCAGUUCAGGCUUCCUGUGCAGGGCCCCUCCCUGCUGAGUGCAGGGGAGGAGGAGGGGAUGGAGGAGGAAGAGGAGGAGGAGGGGAUGAAGGGAGAGAGGCACGUGGUCGCUACCAGCUCCAGCAUGGAGGAUCACAUCUUCGAGCACCUGCCUCCCAGACUGCAUCGAGCUCUGGUGGAGGCCUGCAGGGAGAAGAGGAGUCUGUUCCGCUCCAUGUCCAACCUGCUGCCGGUCAGACUGGCCUCAGCAAUGAUGCUGCCCUACACCCUGCCGCUGGAGUCUGCUGUGUCCUUCACUGUGAGGUUGCUGGAAUGGCUCCCGGACGUCCCAGAGGAUAUCGAGUGGAUGAAGGCGCAGAGCCGCAAGGUGCUUCACUACCUGCUGAGAAACGCCAAGAAGAGUCUGAGCCACCACCUCUCCACCAGGCUGUCCUAUCACUUGGAGCUGCGCCGUUCUCAGUCCCUGCCCCUGCCUGUGGGCUCCGGGGGCUCCAGCGAGCUGCUGCAGGGCUGGGUGCGGAACAACACCUCCGUGAUGGACCUUAUCCUGAAGGUGGAGGAGUACCAGCGCCAGCUCCUCCCGGGACUGUUGUGCAUCAACCUGGACAUGCAGGCCUCGCUGUGCCACGAGGGGCUGGAGAUGAGACCCCUCAGGCCCUCCCUGCCCCAGGACACAGCCAUGGCCACCCUUUCGACAAGCACUGCUUAGGACAGACACUCCGCCUUCUAGGACCCCUGCAUCUCUUCAAUCAGGCAGUACCCUGGACAACCUGAAUACCUUUUUAAGACCCCUCUUGUCUUCCAACAGGCACUGUCCUAGAUAGCUAGGCCUUCUGGGGCCCCUGUAUUUAAUCAGGUACUGCCCUGGACAGCCAUGCUUUGUAGGAGCCCUGUUCCUUUUCCAUCAGGCACUGCUCCGGAGAGCCACCCUGUCUUCCAGGACCCCUUUAGUAUCCUGAUCCUCUGGGUGUACUGGUUAGACCGAAUCGGAAACCAUUCUGAACUGGUCUAGUGCUAGGAGGCAGUACUGCGUGUGUGUGUGUGUUGAAUCCAGCGGGGCGUCCCGGGUGAAAUCGGUACCUUCCAUAAAAAAUAAAAAGCAAACAGUAGACUUCCAUUCUGUAGGAGUAAAAGUGCAGCUCUGACAAGACAGAAAAGGCUGCAGGUGUCUCUGAAGUUAUUCAUUACAAAGAGAGAGAGAGAGGAAGGGGGGGUCAAAUAUAUAUUUUAAAAAUCAAGAAAAAUGAUAUAUUUUAUAUGUAGUAUGAGAGCAGUGGAGUUUUGAAGUGGCCUAAUGGUGGAUUAACCAAAUUUGUGGAAUAAUAAUAAUAAUAAUAAAAAUAAUAAUAAUAAUGAUAAUGAAUGUGAAAAUAGACUUGCAAUGGUAUAACCACUAAGGACUUCAAUACCUCCGUCUGUCGCUCACUUAUUAACGGUAACAGUAUAUUUUUCAUCUCAAAUUUUUCCCUUUUUAAUAAAAUGUACUCCAAGCUAGUCAAAGAAAUGGCUCUCGGAAGGAGGCCACAUUUUUUUUUUUUUUUUUAAAUGUAUAUAUAAAAGACACACAAGUUACUAAAGCUGAUCUUUGGAGUUCCGUGAUCUCAAACCAAACCCACCGAUUUUACUGGAUUCUUUUGAAUCUCCAACGAGUAACGCAGCAGGAAUUAGAAGAGCAAAAUGAUAUGACAAUAUAACAAACAGGACUAACUUCCCCUUGUGUGUGUGAUGCAGUCUUCUGUGCUGGGCUCAGCCUCCCUUGUGUGUGGCGCUGGGCUCAGCCUCCGUUGUGUGUGGCGCUGGGCUCAGCCUCCGUUGUGUGUGGCGCUGGGCUCAGCCUCCGUUGUGUGUGGCGCUGGGCUCAGCCUCCCUUGUGUGUGACGCUGGGCUCAGCCUCCCUUGUGUGUGGCGCUGGGCUCAGCCUCCGUUGUGUGUGGCGCUGGGCUCAGCCUCCCUUGUGUGUGACGCUGGGCUCAGCCUCCCUUGUGUGUGGCGCUGGGCUCAGCCUCCCUUGUGUGUGGCGCUGGGCUCAGCCUCCCUUGUGUGUGGCGCUGGGCUCAGCCUCCCUUGUGUGUGGCGCUGGGCUCAGCCUCCGUUGUGUGUGGCGCUGGGCUCAGCCUCCGUUGUGUGUGGCGCUGGGCUCAGCCUCCCUUGUGUGUGACGCUGGGCUCAGCCUCCCUUGUGUGUGGCGCUGGGCUCAGCCUCCGUUGUGUGUGGCGCUGGGCUCAGCCUCCCUUGUGUGUGACGCUGGGCUCAGCCUCCCUUGUGUGUGGCGCUGGGCUCAGCCUCCCUUGUGUGUGGCGCUGGGCUCAGCCUCCCUUGUGUGUGGCGCUGGGCUCAGCCUCCCUUGUGUGUGAUGCAGUCCACUGUGCUGGGCUCGGCUCUCCUGGUUUAGAUGCAGACUAACCCUGUCCUGACAGACUGUAUUUAUAACUGACCAGCAUUACCUCAGUGUUCAGAUCCUGUAUAGAAUCCAUGUGCCAAACUAAGCAAUGCAAUCUCUUACACUGUAGGUAUUAUUACUAUUAUUAUUACUAUUAUUAUUACUAUUAUUAUUACUAUUAUUAUUGUUAUUAUUAUUAUUAUUUCUAUGCAAGUGUCAAUUCAUAUCCUAAACGUUCUGCCUCAGUCUUAAUUUUCCAAGUUGAGGACAGACUACACAACAAAAACAGUAUUAGAAUAUCUAUUUAUUUAUGUAAAUAUAUAACUUGCGCAUUUAGUUUGAGCUCAUGUAUAUUCAGGGUUCUUCAACUGCAACAAAGGGGGGUUGGGGUGAGUUUAUUUUUGUCAUUUCAAAAGCAAUCUCUUGAUUUUAGUUUGUGUCUGAGUUUUGAUUUGCUGGAUUAAGGAGGUUAAUUUGAUACAGCCAUCUGGUUUUUAUGUAAAGAGAGAGAGAGAGAGAGAAGUGAAAUAGUUUGUAUCGGGUGGUGAUGAUGUUGCAUUAAAAUGAGCAGUGGAUAGCACCCUGUACUCUCUCUGUGUAUUGUACUGGAAGUGCGAGACAGAGAGACACACACACACUGACAGAGACAGAGACAUGCAUUUCUCUGCAGUUGAAGGUUGCACAAGAUUCUGUUAAAUGUGAAACAGGCAGGUGUUUAUCUAUCUAUCUAUAUAUAUAUAAUUUAAAUUUAUUAUUUGUGUUGAACUAUCUUUGCUACCCAAAUUGAGCCUUUCUGUUUAAAUAAAAUAAAAAUUAAAAAUUAAAAAAAAAAAAAUCUAUUAUGAUGAUUUAUUAAAAGUUGUUAUUUUCUAGGUGUGUUCAGCCUGGUUUUUGUGUGAUUGUAAUUGUGGUUGUGUUUAUUUUACUGUUUGUGUUUCAGCUGUGUAUAACACUGUACUGUACUGUGAUGUAUUGUAUUAUAACCGUUUAAACGAA